AUGCAGUUUGAAGAAAUUCUUUGGAAUUUUUGGGAAAUGCCAAAUGCACAAGAUGCAAUAAAAGUGGCACACCAAGCCUUAACGGAUUUUAACACAGAGAAGUACAUCCUCUUGUCAAAUGUGUUAGCACUGAUGAGAAGGCAAUUAGACGACUUGGAAUUUAUUAUUCAAGGGAGGAUUGCCGAUUGCAAAGGCAAUAAAUCUAUGCAAAUUCAGAAAGUCAUUGAGCAAGUGGUGACUCUGAAUCUUCUUUUGGUCUAUAUAGCUCUAACAGAAUGUUGUUUAUGGACUUUAGUUCUGCAUUUAUUAAAAAUGACUUUAUGUGUGGUAUUUUUUAAAUAUACAAAUGAUAAUGACCCAAUAUUCCUUGCGGAUUUCGGUAGUAAUAGAAUUUGCGGUUCAUAUUGCUACACCACACCUUAUAAUAAAAAAUUUUUGCAAACAUUUGAAAAGCUGACAUUUUGCCUCCAAUUCACCAUCAUUGGAUUAGCUGCGGCACAAUAUUUCCAGCACCAAUUAAGCGCUUGCGUCAAGGCAAGUGUCGGCCGCUUUUACAAGGCAUGUAUAAAUGUACCUGAGGUUAUUAUUAAACAGGACCAAGAGAAAAGCCAAAUUGCUGCUUUGAUGCAAUCAAUGGCAACUUAUUGCUACUGUUGCUCACUUCAUUUCCGUAGAUAUUUCCUAAAUACUUCUAUAGACUUUUUGGGGUUCGUGGGUCAUAUUUGUAAAUGCUCAAGUGCGAUUCAUAUUACACGGUUCCUUAAUUCACAACAGCUUUUACGUUCGGCAUGUCUUAAUAUGUGUAAUAAUAUACCUCGGAAAGAUAGCAUUUGUAGGGAUUCUAAUACAAAGGAAUCAAUUAGGAAGCAACUUUUCCUACGUACGCGCAAAAAAUGCAGUCGAUCCAGUCAAAAUGCUAUAGUGCCAGUAUAUGUACACCUAACUUUAAUUCAUUUUCUAAUGUUUGACCAACAGAAAUUAUUUUUAAUAUUAUCAAGGCGUAAUCACUGCCAGUUAUUCCAAUCCAGUCUGUCUGCAGUCGUGUGCAUUACUAUAAAUAAAACAUCAUUUUUGCACUUCAUAGACUUGAGUGUAUUGCUACCAUGCAAAAGUGACAAUUUAAUUCCUGUGAAAGCCGCUUUGAUUCCCCCAAUUCGAAUAACAAUGAGGGUGGACAUGUGGAGGUUAUUGGUUAAAGAAACAUUAGAGAAACAACGAUCGGAAAUGACAAUUUAUAAGUUCUUGACAUUUUAUCUUUCCUCUUCGGAGGUUUACCACGGUAAGGUAGCAUUUGAUAGACAACCAGCUAAAGACAUUUAUUGUUUUGUCGUAACUAAGCGUCGGGUGGAUCUAUCAAAACUACCACGCUGCAGGCUUCACCCUGACAAAACGGGUCCAUACUUCUUUGUACCUUUCACGGUCAGCUCAAGCUCAAACAUUCUUGUCAUGCAGUGUGCUGUACGUUUCGAUUGUUUUCUUGGCGAUGCGAGAAUCGCACCACAAUUGACGUUGACAGCUAAUAGCAAAAACUGGCAUGAUUGUGAAUUUAGUGCAUCUAUGAUGUGGAAUCAUUCAUCUACACUAAAUAACAUGGCAUCAAUUUAG